GUCGCAAUGGCGACGCGACGGCGAAAAUAAUUGUUCGAGUUCAUGCAAAGCAUGAGAGUAUAUUUUGAACCAUGAGGAACCUUCGAAACAUAGCUAGGACUGCAGUCCGCUUUGCGAAUGAGACGCCUUUGCCCCUGACGGCCGCGACUUGGGACACCUCUAGCGAGUCUCUCGUGUGCGCAUUCGGACCGAGCGAAUCUCAGCAUUCAAUUGAGCUCAGACGGACGGCAAGUUUUGACUCGGAAAAUGGGAACAAGUCUACAUCGAUAGCGGAAUGGGACGCGCAAUGUCCGAAUCCAGAACUUCCCUGUGAUAAGAUUCUGGACAUCCACUACUUUGCCGACACAGCCGUCAUAUGUUUGGUCCUGCUGGGCGGCGAUAUCGUAAUCGUGCGUGAAUCACCUCUGCCAGGCGAAGAGCUCCUCGAGAUCGUAGGCAGCGUUGACGCCGGCCUCGCUGCGGCAGCCUGGUCACCUGAUGAAGAACUGCUUGUGCUCGUCACCAACGACGAGAAUGUGCUCUGCAUGUCCCGGGAUUUCGAGACGGUCUCAGAAACGAGAUUUGAUCGGGCCGACGUCAGCCUCAGCAAACACGUAAAUGUGGGCUGGGGAAAGAAAGAAACCCAAUUCUUGGGAAAGAGAGCAAGGGCGCUGAAGGAUCCCACGAUGCCUGAGAAAGUGGAUGAAGGACGGCUAAGCGAAUACGACGACAAGGCUACGAGGAUAACUUGGAGAGGUGAUGGCCAAUACUUCGCAAUCAACGCUGUGGAAUCGGGAGUAAGACGUCUGAUGAGAGUCUAUUCACGCGAGGGUGUGCUGGACAGCGUGAGCGAGCCUGUGGAUUUUUUUGAGGGACCACUGAGCUGGAGACCAGCAGGAAAUAUCAUUGCUGGCGUCAAGCGAUUGGAAGACGGCGCAGAGAUUAUCUUCUUCGAGAGAAACGGUCUGAGGCACGGCGAGUUCAGACUACGCAUGACAAAGGACGAGUUGAUCGAAUCCGGGGGCGUGAGGGCCCUGCAUUGGAAUGUGGAUUCAACCGUAUUGGCCGUCUGUUUCGCAGACCGCGUGCAGCUUUGGACGAUGGGUAACUAUCACUACUAUUUGAAGCAGGAGAUCCGGCUUCCAGAGACUCACGCGAAGGUUGAAGGACUAAGCUGGCAUCCCGAGAAGCCGUUGAGGCUUGCGAUAUUCGGCUCGGACCAGUCGUACCUCGUAGACUUUGCCUUCGCUGUAGCGAAAGGUUCUACAUGUGCACCGCAUGACUAUGGCACAGUUGCCGUGAUCGACGGGAAAUUCGUCAAGAUAACGCCGUUGAGAAUGGCAAAUGUGCCACCUCCGAUGGCCUUGCAUGAACUGAAGCUCGAAGACAACGUCAUUGACGUAGCCAUUAACUCACAGGAGUCAAAAAUCCACGUAUUGACAGCGAGGGGAAUGUCAACCUGGAACUAUGUCAUCACAGCUAAAGGGUUCAACGAACCCGAACUGCAGUGUUCCUCCGACUGGGAAACAGACAAUGGCGUGGCCAUUCAAGUAGCAGUCUUGAAUGGAAGGCCAGUAAUUCUGGCAUAUGGCGCUAUGCACGACCAUACCACAUUAUGGAAAUUACCACAAAAUAAUGGUGCUUGGGAACUCCUCGACGUGGGAUCACGAAACAUCAGCUUGGUAGGAAAUAGCAUUGAUUAUCAGGUCCUCUUUGCAGCGACGACGAAUGGAGUGGUACUAGGCAUGGAUUCAGAUAUGCCAAAUCCUACUCCGCGGACAAUCACCGCACUACCCAAACCAUGCCCGUGGAUAGAAGUUGUAAUGGUUGGCGACGAAGAAAUUGUCUUCGGCCUGACGUAUUCAGGGAAUCUGUACGCAAAACACCAACUGCUGGCCUCAAACUGCACCUCGUACUUGGUUACGCCAGCGCAUCUCAUCUUCACCACCACCCAUCAUCUACUCCAGUUUGUCCACCUCGACUCUGUUGAGAAUCUGGAGCUGCCUCCCAACGAGCCGGAAACCGACGAGCGCUGCCGCGCGGUAGAGAGGGGCGCUCGCAUCGUCACUGCAAUGCCCACGGGAUAUUCCGUGGUGCUGCAGAUGCCACGAGGGAAUCUGGAAACGAUAUAUCCGCGAGCAAUGGUUCUUGCAGGAAUCAGGAAGAGCAUCGAGGAGAAGAAGUAUAAGAAAGCCUUCUUGGCCUGCAGGAACCAGAGGGUCGAUAUGAACAUUCUGCAUGACCACGCGCCGGAGCAGUUCAUGUCGAGCGUUGGCCUCUUUUUGGACCAGCUUAAGAAGGUGGAAUACAUUGAUCUGUUUCUAUCGCAGCUGCGGGAUGAAGACGUAACGAAGACGAUGUACAGAGAGACUAUUCAAAGGAAGCAUGUGGUCAAAAGUAAUCACUCCGCUGCUGAGACCAAGCCAGAGGGAGAGCUUACGCCGAAGUCGAAGACGAAUCGCAUAUGCGACGCGCUGCUGGAACAACUGCAAUCGCGGAAGGCUACGAAUCUGCAGAACAUAAUCACGGCGAAUGUCUGCAAGUCACCGCCCGAUCUUGAAGGAGGCCUAAAGGUUGUGUCGAAGCUGAAACAAGAAGAUGAGGAAAUAGCAGAAAAAGCGGCAGAGCAUAUUUGCUUCCUUGCCGAUGUAAAUCAACUCUACGACACUGCAUUAGGGAUGUACGACCUCGAACUUGCACUCCUGAUCGCGCAGCAGUCACAAAAGGAUCCAAAGGAGUACAUACCGUACUUGCAGGGAUUGCAAAACAUGGGGCCGUUGAGAAGGAGGUUUACCAUUGACGAUGAUCUUGGGCGACGAAGACGAGCGAUUGAGUCUCUGCACGCGAUGGACGACUUUGACGAAGUGCAGAAGUACGCUGAGAAGCACGAGUUAUACAGCACUGCUAUCGAACUGUACAAAUACAAGCCGGAGAGGCUGAAGGCGCUCAUGAAGCUGUAUGCCGAUUUCCUCUCAAGCAGAAAUAGGUUCGUGGAAGCCGGCGUAGCGUACGAGUUCUUGCAAGACUACGCGUCGGCGAUACCUGCUUACAAACAAGCGCAACGCUGGAGGGAGGCCCUCUCGUGCGCGUCGUUGUUACCCUUGCCCGACUCGGAGCUGAAGGAUCUGGCCGAGAGCCUGGCGGAAGGGCUGAUUGAGUCGAAGGAAUAUCAGAACGCGGCGACUAUCUACCUGGACUAUCUAUCUAACGUUGGCGAGGCGGCAAGGCAGCUGUGCAAGGCAUACCUUUUCGCCGACGCUCAACGCCUUGUUGGCCUACACCGGCAACAAGAGCUAUUGGAGAGCGUCAUCGACCCCGGCCUAAUCGACGGCUUCACAUCGACGACGGAACUGCUGGCAGACUGCAAGUCGCAACUUCAGGCGCAGGUCCCCCGUCUGCGAGAGCUGCGCCAGAAGAAGGAGCAGGACCCGCUCGCAUUCUACGCGGGCGACGCAGCGGUCGGGGACGGGCCGGACGUCCUCGACAACGUGUCCAUCGCGCCCACGGACGCAACUACGUCGGGAGGCACGUUCAUGACUAGAUAUACGGGCCUGACGAACGGCACGCUCAACACGCAGACAACGCGCAAGACGAGCAAGAACCGGCGGCGUGAGGAGCGCAAGCGCGCCCGUGGCAAAAAGGGCAGCGUCUACGAAGCCGAGUACUUGGUGAACUCUAUCGGUAGGCUGAUCGAGCGCGUCAACGGCACGGGGGAAGAAGUGGCAAGGCUUGUGGAGGGCUUGGUCAGACGGGGCAUGCGAGAGCAGGCGGUCGCUGUGGAGAAGGCCAUGGUGGACGUCGUCGCCAUGUGCGAGGCAGUCGUGCCGGAAGUGUGGGAGAUCAAGCAGAAGACGGCCGAGGAAGAGGACCGGGAGCCCAAGGGUGCGGACGCCGUGUUCCUGGACAUGAUUGAGGGGGGCGGGAAAAGGGAGCCCCCGAUGGUCAAGAGCUUUGCACGGCUAUCGCUGAUCGGGCUGUGACGAGGCGUAGCACUGACGAAAGAAGAGGAAAAAAAAACCCCCCGGAAAGAAAAAUGAGUCGCACACUGGACAAAUAAGCCUUUUCCUCGAUUUAAAGAUCAGGGCAACGCACAGCACAAGGCUUGCAAAAGCUUAAGAAUUUUCAUUUAUUCUUUAAUCUUUGGCUGAUCGCAAAGAACCUGCAAGAGCAGCUUUUCCGAUGUACGAGGCGUCCUGUCACCGCCAUUUGCUUAGAAUGCUGGGAUCAAGGGGGCAAUCGCAGAUGUCGUUGCAGGUCUAUCCUGUUCAAAAUUCAACUGAUCAUCCCGAUUCAAUCAUGCGAUCCUUCAUUUCGGCGAUGAGCUGCUCUCCUUGUAUUGCUCGCCUCAUUUUGCGUACCCGAUUAUGGAUCCUCACUAUUGGCUUUGAAAAAGAUAAUGAUCAUCUAAAUGUGGUCCUCUUUGGCAUCAUGAAAAAUGGCGGUGCCGGUGUCAAAGAUCCACCACGCGACAGAAUGAUGUAUUUUCUCUGACAGCCUCGGCGGGGCGAAACAGGCUCGGUCAGAUAGAUAGUGCUCGUUUUUUAGGCCGAUGCUGCAGCAUUGAGUGUGGCAUUUCGAUC